AUGGGCCAGAUAUCGAAAAGAAGAUCAUCUGUGUCGUUUGACUAUUCAGCUAUGUCCUUCACUCCACCAUCGGAUCCAGUUAACAGAAAAUCAGAGAUCAAAGUGUCACAACUGUGCGAGCUAUGCCACUGUCGGAAAGCUCUGCUGAGGAGGCCGAAAAACCUACAAAAGGUUUGCAAACUUUGCUUCUUCCACGUAUUCGAAACUGAGAUCCAUAACACUAUUGUCAGCAACAAGCUUUUUCACAGGGGGGAGAAGGUUGCCGUGGGGGCAUCCGGUGGUAAGGACUCUACAGUGCUGGCAUACAUCCUAAAGCUAUUGAACGAACGGCAUGAUUACGGUAUUGAGAUCAUUCUACUGAGUAUCGAUGAGGGGAUAAUCGGAUAUCGAGAUGACUCGCUGGCGACCGUGAAGAGGAAUCAGGUCCAAUACAAUCUGCCGUUGGAAAUCGUUUCCUACAGAGACCUGUAUAACUGGACGAUGGACGAGAUCGUGGCAUGUGCCGGUGUGAGGAACAGCUGUACGUAUUGUGGUGUUUUCAGAAGACAGGCCUUGGACCGUGGAGCAGCGAAACUUGGCAUAGCGCACGUUGUCACGGGCCACAACGCAGACGACAUGGCCGAGACGGUUUUAAUGAACAUAUUUCGUGGUGAUGUUGCUCGGUUGGAGAAGUCGACCGCCAUCAUAACGCAAAGCACUGGGUCGCCGAUCAAGAGAUCGAAGCCCUUCAAAUACUCUUACCAAAAGGAAAUUGUACUGUAUGCCCACUACAAGAAGCUUGAUUAUUUCUCAACGGAGUGUUCCUACGCCCCGGAGGCUUUCAGAGGUACAGCAAGAGAGCUCAUGAAGAAUCUAGAGAUGCAGCGGCCCAGUUGUAUCCUGGAUAUCAUCCAUAGCGGAGAGAACCUUGUCCUUAAGCCAAAAAGGCAGAAAAAGAUCUCGCCUUCGGAAGUUAUGGAAGUACGAAGCGAUGGUGCAGUGUCGCUGGGAAGACCUUCGAAAUUUGUGGACGGUAACACCUGCGAAAGGUGUGGCUAUCUGUCGAGCAACAAGAUCUGCAAGGCAUGCAUAUUACUGGAGGGCCUAGAGAGAAAUCGAGCUAAGAUGACUCUCGACACGGACACUUCAACCGGCGGAGCGGCCCGCCUGACCAGGGAACUGGAACGAUUGACGUUCUGA